AUGAGUGUCCCCGUGGUCAAAUCAGCUGUUCAAGCUCAACUCAGUCCCCAAGUGCUCCGACUGGGACGCAAAGGUGUCUCUUGGCGUUUCCUAAGAGAUUUUCGAAAACGAUUAGCCGUCCAAGAGACCGAAGUGGAAAGAAGAGCUUUACUCGCCGUCGCCCGAAAUACCUCCUUACCUCCAGCCACGAGACAUCGAGCGCAGCUGGGAUUGAACGCUUAUAAUGGAGGAGAGGGAUUCACGGGGAGGGUGAAGAAUAGGUGUACGGAGACGGGGCGGGGAAGGGGGGUCAUGUCGAAGUUUGGUCUUUGUCGGUUCCAAUUCAGAACGAAAGCUCUGGCGGGCGAGAUUCCAGGGAUGCAUAAAGCUAGUUGGUAA